AUGUUGGCUCAAAAUUCUUUUAAUUAUCUUGAAAGAAGCGAACUAAGUGAUGAGGAGGAAGAUGAUAACGAAGAAGAAGCUGACAAUAUUGAAAAUCAAGCAAUUCCAAGUUUUCCUGAUUUAGAACAACAAAUAAUAGGAAUAAUAGAAGAAUUUGGCGGUGCAAUUUUUCCAAAACUAAAUUGGAGUUCACCAAGAGAUGCGACUUGGAUUUCAUCAACAAACACACUUAAAUGUAAUUCAGCAUCAGAUAUCUUUCUAUUACUUAAAUCAUCCGAUUUUAUUGCAUAUGAUCUUGAUCAUGCGUUUGAUGGUUGUAAUCAUGAUAAUAAUGAAGAAGGUGAAGAAAGUGAAGAUAGUGACAAUGAUGAAAUCUUAAGAAGACAAAGGUCUAAUGAAUUCGAAUUUGAAUUAGUGAUACGUAAAUGGUGUAAUAUGGAACCUUCAAUGGAAUUUCGAU